CUGUGUCGCCCCUCUAGAGUAUCUUUUCUUCUGUGGUAACGACAGUAGACGUGAGUUGUCUAUUUUAACACAUUACCAUGACCAAUUCAAAGGGUUAUAGACGUGGUACAAGGGACUUGUUCUCCCGCAAGUUCCGUAAACAUGGAACUAUUCCCCUGUCUACGUACAUGAAGACUUAUAAAGUCGGCGAUAUCGUGGACAUCAAGGGAAAUGGUGCUGUGCAAAAAGGUAUGCCGUACAAAGUCUAUCAUGGCAAGACUGGCCGUGUGUUCAACGUGACAGCACAUGCCCUGGGAGUGAUUGUAAACAAGAGAGUACGUGGACGUAUCAUUGCCAAGAGGAUUAACGUGCGCAUCGAGCACUUGAGCCAUUCCAAGUGUAGAGAUGAUUUCCUUAAGCGCGUUAAGGAGAACGAGAGGCUCAGGAAGGAGGCAAAGAAGACGAACGUUCGCGUCCAACUCAAAAGACAGCCUGCUGAACCUUCUAAAGCUCACAUUGUGUCAGGACGUGAAGCGCCUAUCUUGCUUGCACCUGUUCCAUAUGAAUUUAUUGCUUAAAAUAUUAAAUAAACUAAAAUUUUCAAAGUAAA